AUGGCUGCAGGAGCGAAUGCGACCAUCCACCCCCCCGAAGGAAACUCGCUGACUAUCCCUCACCGGUCCACCGCUGGGAACAAUGCUACAGGGACAGCGACGCGUCGGCGAGCAAAGAGCUUUCUUCGCAAUUACUACGGCAUUCAACAAACUGAUGCCACCAACCAGAGUGGCUCUAAGGACAGCUCAUCAGCUCCCUCAGGACCCACCUCUAAAGCUGACCCAUACGAUUUAGACAGUCAUGCGUUUGAGGUGGACAAGUACAUGCAUAAGAUGUUUGUGGAGAAGCAAUUGCCAGGACUGGUGCAGGCGGACAAUGAGCUCGUUGCCGAUAUUCGACAGCUGGACGGCGAUAUGAAGACUCUUGUCUAUGAGAACUAUAGCAAGUUCCUCAGUGCAACAGACACCAUCAACAAGGCAAGGCAUCAAAACCGCAACAUCCUGGAACUUACAAUACUCUCUUCACAUGGACACAAACCUCUCGCGUUCUGA